CCGGGCGGGAUCCCCCCGCCCAUGGGGCCUCCGCACCUGCAGAGACCACCAUUUAUGCCUCCUCCCAUGGGUAGCAUGCCACCACCUCCUGGUAUGAUGUUCCCUCCAGGAAUGCCGCCGGUGUCUGCGCCGGGAACACCAGCAAUGCCCCCAGCUGAGGAGAUCUGGGUGGAGAACAAAACUCCAGACGGGAAGGUCUAUUUCUACAACGCCCGCACGCGCGAGUCGGCGUGGAGCAAACCGGACGGCGUCAAGGUCAUCCAGCAGUCAGAGCUGACGCCCAUGCUGGCGGCCCAGGCCCAGGCCGUGGGGGCUUCCACCCCCACCACCAGCAGCCCUGCAUCUGCAGCGUCUCCAUCCACCUCCUCCAGCACGCAGUCCUCCACCACCUCCACCACCACCACGGCCACCUCAGUGUCCCAGACCAACUCCACACCUACCACACAAGACCAGACCCCGAGUUCGGGUGUUUCAGUUGCCACACCAUCAGUCAGUGUUUCAACCUCUGCUCCUUCUGCUACACCUGUGCAGACUGUACCCCAGCCAGUCCCACAGACAUUGCCUCCUGCAGUUCCUCAUGCAGUACCUCAACCAACUGCAGCAAUUCCUGCUUUUCCACCAGUAAUGGUACCUCCAUUUCGUGUCCCCCUUCCUGGCAUGCCUAUUCCACUUCCAGGUGUAGCAAUGAUGCAAAUAGUCAGCUGCCCGUAUGUAAAGACAGUCGCUACCACCAAGACCGGAGUGCUGCCGGGCAUGGCGCCCCCCAUCGUGCCCAUGAUCCACCCGCAGGUGGCCAUCGCCGCCUCGCCCGCCUCCCUGGCCGGAGCCGCCGUCUCCGAGUGGACAGAGUACAAGACAGCCGACGGAAAGACCUACUACUACAACAACAGGACUCUGGAGUCCACGUGGGAAAAGCCCCAGGAGCUGAAGGACAAAGAAAAAAUGGAGGAGAAGGUCAAAGAGCCAAUUAAAGAACCCUCAGAGGAGCCUUUACCAAUGGAGACAGAAGAAGAAGAGUCUAAAGAAGAACCUAUAAAAGAACUGAUAAAGGAGGAGCCAAAAGAGGAAGAAAUGACAGAGGAAGAGAAGGCAGCUCAGAAGGCCAAGCCAGUGGCCACCACCCCCAUUCCAGGCACCCCGUGGUGCGUGGUGUGGACUGGUGAUGAGCGUGUGUUCUUCUACAACCCCACCACACGGCUCUCCAUGUGGGACCGACCCGACGACCUCAUCGGAAGAGCUGAUGUGGACAAAAUCAUUCAAGAACCUCCUCACAAAAAGGGAAUGGACGAAGGAAAAAAACUUAUUAGAGAAGAGCAUGAAGCUGCAGAGGAAGCAAAUGAAGAUGAGCCUAUUAAAAUAAAAAAGCGCAAGAAAGAUGAUAUCAAAGACAUUGAUUCUGAGAAGGAGGCUGCUAUGGAGGCUGAGAUUAAAGCUGCUCGAGAGAGAGCCAUCGUCCCGCUGGAGGCUCGGAUGAAGCAGUUCAAGGACAUGCUGCUGGAAAGAGGGGUCUCUGCCUUUUCAACAUGGGAGAAAGAGCUGCACAAGAUUGUUUUUGAUCCUCGUUACUUGCUGCUCAACCCAAAAGAAAGGAAACAGGUGUUUGAUCAGUAUGUGAAAACCCGAGCAGAGGAAGAGCGCAAGGAGAAGAAAAAUAAAAUAAUGCAGGCCAAGGAGGAUUUCAAGAAAAUGAUGGAAGAAGCAAAGAUUAACCCAAGAACUACUUUUAGUGAAUUUGCAGCCAAGCAUGCUAAAGACUCGAGGUUCAAGGCAAUUGAAAAGAUGAAAGAUCGAGAGGCCUUGUUUAAUGAGUUUAUCACAGCGGCAAGAAAGAAGGAGAAGGAAGACUCGAAGACCAGGGGAGAGAAGAUCAAAAUGGACUUCUUUGAGCUGCUGGCAAACCACCACCUGGAUAGUCAGUCUCGCUGGAGCAAAGUGAAGGACAAAGUGGAGACUGACCCACGGUACAAGGCGGUGGACAGCUCCUCACAGAGGGAGGACCUGUUCAAGCAGUACAUUGAGAAAAUAGCCAAGAACCUGGAUUCUGAGAAGGAGAAGGAGCUGGAGCGGCAGGCGCGCAUCGGUGCGUUCCUCAGAUGUGUCCUGGUCUGACACCAGGAGGACCCUGCGCAAAGAUCACCGCUGGGAGUCGGGGUCCCUGCUCGAGAGAGAGGAGAAGGAGAAGCUCUUCAAUGAGCACAUUGAGGCACUUACCAAAAAGAAGAGGGAACAUUUCAGGCAACUUCUGGAUGAAACUUCAGCGAUAACCUUAACAUCAACAUGGAAGGAAGUGAAAAAAAUCAUUAAAGAAGAUCCAAGGUGCAUUAAGUUCUCUUCGAGCGACAGGAAAAAGCAGAGGGAGUUUGAGGAGUACAUCCGAGACAAAUACAUCACUGCCAAAGCCGACUUCCGGACGCUGCUCAAAGAGACCAAAUUCAUCACUUACAGAUCCAAAAAGCUGAUCCAGGAGUCGGAUCAGCACCUGAAGGACGUGGAGAAGAUCCUGCAGAACGACAAGCGGUACCUGGUGCUGGACUGCGUGCCCGAGGAGCGGCGCAAGCUGAUCGUGUCCUACGUGGAUGACCUGGACCGGCGCGGGCCGCCGCCGCCGCCCACGGCCUCCGAGCCCACGCGCAGAACCACCAAAUAGCCUCCGAGUGCUCCUCGUCACGGGUGUCUGGUAAUCCAAACGCUUGCAUGAGCCAUCUGUCAGGUUACACACAUCCAUUGCCGUGAAUAUAUUCAAACAUCUGAGGAGCAGAGGCAGAAGCAGCUUUAGUGAACGUAGAAUGAUCUCUGGGGGGAAACCAACCACAAAAACUCACAUUAAAGAUAUUUAUGAGUUAAUUGGAGCAUGAGUGACAAAUCCCAAGGUGUGGGCUGUCUGGUGGCUGUGGGUCUCAGAGUGGUGUGUGUGUGUGAGGUGUGAGUCUGGCACCUGGGGCUUUCCUCUCAGCAGUGUCCUCGCGUGAGCCCCAAGGGUGACGGCGCUGCGGUUUGAGCGUGUCCUGCACGAGUGCCACCAGCUGCCUCCUGGUGCCCGCAGCCCGGGCAGGAGGAGGUGACACGCUUCCAUUGCUGAUCACUGACAGCCCACUCUGGGAGCCCCAGGCCCAGCUCUCUGCUUCCACCCUUGGGAAUGGAACUAAAUCUGCUAGAGCCAGGGUUAGAGCCGAGUGGAGAGCAGGGACUUGGAGACCAGACCAGAUUUAUUCACAGGCUGCUCUGUUCCUGCCCCCAGCCAUCGAUUUGCAGCAGUCAGGUUGCUCUGCCCAAGUGAAGUUCUGUCUAAUGAGUUUUGCUCGAAGCUGGAAAUCCCAGAGGUGACCGAGCAGGCCAGGACGGUUGUAUAAACACAUUUUUAUUUACGAUAAAGUGAUCUUUACAUACUUCUGGAUUAGACUGUGCAUACCCCCUCUGGGCAAUUCUUGUAAACUAUACUCCUGUUUUGAAUGUUAAACUUGUGUUUCUAAAGUUUAAUUUUGAAAUGUUGGGAUUGUUCAGUUUAUGUAUUUGAACUACAAUAAACCAACCCUUUUUAUAUAUGGAUUGUACAGGCCUAAUCCCAAUUUGUGUUGGAUUUUGUUGGAUUUGUGAAUUUCUGAGUAAAGCAAAUGACUGAAGUGA